GCCAUGCCGCUCGCUGAAGGCCCAAGCACAGGAAAUGGCUCCCGAGGAGCUGGCUGCCCUGCUCUGUGGGGAAGGGGACGAGCAGCUCUCCCAGCAGCAAUUUCCAGCUGCCACCGCUUUUUACCUGGCUGCCUUCAGCUGCUGUGGGCCCACGGCCGUGCAGAGAGUGAGCGCCAUGGGCCACGGGCCCUGCCAGCGAGUGGUGGCCACCCUGGAGGCCUGGUGCCAAGGCAAGGCUCAGAUCCCCAAAAUCCGGAGCAGGAACCUGGCCGUGGUGUCCCUCAGCGUGGGAAUAGCUGCGCUUUUCCUCUCCAGCCUCAUCCCCAACAACGUGGUGGCCUCGGUGUACGAGCUGGAGGCCCAGCUCCGGCGGGGCUGCUCGGAGGAGGUGGUGAGCAAAUGCAAUCUACUGCUGCAGGCUAAUGGCAGCCGUCCCAUGGAGCUGCUGCUGCUGAGGGCGCUGGCUCGGGUGCUCUCAGGGACACAGCCUGGGGAGGGAAUCGUGGAUUAUGUCCAGGCCUUUGUGCUGUAUCAAACAGAGGCGGUGGCCUACGUGUGCAGCAGGCAAAGGGAGCACCUGGCCCAGGUGGUGCAGGCUUUCUCUGCUCACCUGUCCAGGUGCCAGGAGGACAGCCCAGGCUGCAGAGGCUCGGAGCAGUGGCUGGGUGACUGCUACACCUUCCUGGCUGCGGUGGCACCGGGGCACGCCUGGGUGUGCAGGGCACGGGCAGCUCACCUGCUGAAAGCAGCAGAGUUUCAGGAGUGUGUGGCUGUCUGCACCAAGGCCCUCGAGGGCUGCUCAGCUGAGAAUCUCACAGGUGAGGAUGUUCUGGCUCUGCUGCUGCAACGAGCUGCUGGGUAUUUCUUCCUGGGCGGAUGGACGCAGGAAAUGAUGCAGGAUUUGGCAGCAGCCUUUGCAGCAGACCCUGCUCAGGCAAUGAAAUGCUUUGAAGAGCUUUUCUCACCCAGUGAUGCUGAAAAGAUCGAGGAGCAGGCCAGAGCUGCCCUGGAGGGGAGGUUUGCAGCCUACAGGGAGGCUGUGCGUGCUGGGGCCGAGCUCAGGGGCAGUCAUGGCACUGAGCUGCUCCCUGCUGUCAUCCAGACAAUCCAGCUGCUGCUGCACCUCUGCCCAGGGUGCAGCCGGGAGCUCAGAGUCCGGCUGGCAGACUGUCACCUCCUGCAGGGACACCCCGGGGCCGCCCUGGACAUGUGUGAGCAGCUGCUGGCAGCAGAGCAGAGCACUUACCACAACACCCUGCUGGCACUGCGAGGCUUCUGCUCCCUGCACGCCCAGGACCCCCACAGAGCCCUGCAGGACUUCCAGAGGGUCAUUGAGCACAAUUCCCCACAUCCCAACAGCUGCAUCAAAGCCCUGUGUGGCCGUGGGCUGAUCCGCAUUUCUGGUGGCAGCAAUUACUUGACAGCCCUGGAUUAUAUCACAGCUUGCCAGUUAAAGCUGGAUGAGACCAUCUUCACCAUCAAGUCCUACGUGCCGUGGAACCAGAGGGGAUUGCUGCUGAAGGUCCUCCAGGAGGAAGGACAGAUGAUGCUCCAGAAGAAGAGAGAUGCCCCUGGGGUUUUCCAGCUGGCUUCUCUCUUGGUGGAGCUGGACAGCUCUGAUGAGACGUCCCAGAUCCUGUGUGCUGAUGCCCUGUACCAGAUGGGCCGUGGGGAAGAAGCCCACAAGAUGCUGUCACUGGUCCUCUCCAGAAACCCCCAGAGGGCUCCUGUGCUGGCCAGGCUGGCCCUGCUGCAGCUCAAGAGAGGUUUUGUGUACGAUGGCAACCAGCUGCUGAAGAGACUGAUCAGAAUUGGAGACUCCUCCUGCCUGCUGCCAGUCCUGGACAUUUUCCAGGAGGAGGAGCGCAGGCUGCUGCAGAGCCACUGCCGCUGGCGAGCCCUGGCCAUCCUGAAGGGCAGGCAGGAGGCUGCUGCCAUCAGAGAGGCCAUUGCCCACCUGUCCUUUGCCAUCCUUGCUGCAGGUGGUUAUGCUGAGGAUUGCCUCCUCACCAGGGCCCGAUGCUACGGGCGCCUGGGCCAGAUGAAAACGGCCAUUUUUGAUUUUAAUGCUGUCCUGAAGGAGGAGCCCAACAAUGCACAAGCUCUGAGCGGCCGAGGGUUUGUUCACCUGGCUCUGAGGCAGCAGAAGGAGGCAGUGCAAGAUCUGAUCUCAGCACUGAAGGUGGAGGCAGGAGCAGUGAUCCCAGCAAUCCUGUCCUUGAAGCCUGAAACCCAAGGGCUGGUCACUGGGUGGCUCCUCCAGCAUGGCAGGGCCACUCUCACUGAGCUCAUGGCCACCAAAGACCUCCCAGGAGAAGAAACCCUCGGUGACCUUCUCAUGGUGGCAAAAGCACUGACCAAAAUCUGCAGGAGUGCACAACAUCACAUCUUCUACACUGAUGUUUUGAUGGCAAAUGGAAGGCAGCAAGAGGCCCUGAGGCACCUGCAGGAAGCCUUUGGCCCGUGUCCUGCUGAGGACUCUGCCAGGGCUCGCCUGGCUGUGCUGCAGCUGCAGGGCAGGAACGUGGCAGCAGCAGCUGCUCCCCUCAGUGUCCUGGCCAGGAGAGAUGAAAAGGACUUGGCCUUUCUCCUGAACUUUGUAGACACCAAGCACCAGCAGCAUCUCGCUCAGCUGUGGCUGAAAUAAAACCCUCACUGUGGCUGAUUUAUCAUGAGAGAUCCCUCUGCUUGAGACAGAAGGUGUGACCAGGCUGAUUUCAAACCUGGAGCCCAGUACCAGUGCUGGAAAUGGAAAAAGAAAGCAUUGCUCUUUUUCAUCUCCUGCUUUUGUUCAACUAGUAAAUGUUUGAACUCCAGCACUUGGGGGUUUUUAGAUGUGUUUUGUAACCAGGGGAGGAGUGUGUGCUCUCUGAGGUGGGGAAGGAAUUGUUUCAUCCACCUGCCCAGUGUCUCAAAGGAUUUCCCAGCAGCACUUCUUUUUGCCUGCAAGGUUAUUGUGGUUUCUGAAAGGAAGAUCUCAGUAAAAGCAAAGUUUCAAAAGCUCACAGACAGGAUUAGUGCUAAAAUUCCCAAUGAUGCCUUGACUUUGCCAGGGUUCCUACCCUGGGAGGGAGAGUUUGCUCUGGUCCUGAAUUUCCCAGGUAGGAAAAGGAGAGUUCAGAGCUCACACCCAGUCUCAGCACUCCAGCACAAAAUCAUUUCUGCCAUAUUGUUUUUCGAGUAUUUGGAAUUAGAGGCAUUUUAAAAACGUGUCAUCAUUAUCCUGGAGCCAGGUCUGAAGAGCUAAAAAUAGCUCUCCAUAAGCUGAAUAGGAAAGGGUGGAGGAAGGAGACAGCUCCUUGAUGUACUCUUUUUUACUCAUGGAAAACAAAGCAAUAAAAUUCUCCCAUUAUUUAUAGUCGAAGGGGUCCCAUGCUGAGAAAUUUGUAAACAACUGGGAGAACCCCAUGGGAAUAGGAAUCUGAAAGAUUUAUUAAGCUGCAAAAGGUCAGAGGAAGGGAGUUUGCUUGCUGCUCGUGCAGCUUCAACCCUUGGCUUUUCUAAGUCGGGGUAAUGCACUGAUCCCAACCCCUCACCAGAUCCUCAGGGCUGCAGCUUCUAUGGGUAUCCAGAUUCCUACAAAAAGGGUCUCCAAAACUCCAUGGUCUGUGCCAGAAUUAAGUGAAGUUGCCAUUCCACAUUCCCUUCAUGUCAGGUGCAGGUGGAGAAGGAAAGACUUGCUCCAAACUCUUCAGGAAACAGCCAACCCUGUCCCAAAGCUCAGAGUUUAUCAUUCCAUCUGCUGGGAUUUACUGAUCACUGAUUUUACUGAUUUAACCCUUGGCCAUAAUUCCAUGUCCAGUAAACUCCUCACUCUUUUUCUUUCUGAGGAAUUAAGCCUUCGUCAUAUCAUAAGAUUGGUCCCUAGGGACUGGAACCAAAAAUGCCACAAAAAUAAAUGUGUAUUCAGUCCUUCACACUCAGAGAGGUGAAUAGAUGGAAAAAAGAUGGAAAAAAAAGACCUAAUCCAGGAAUCCACUCAUGGCUCUUUCCAGAUGGCACCUGAAUUAUUUCAGUCUGGACACCAAAAUCAAACUUUUAGUGACAGGUUGGACUCGAGUUCCCCUGGAAUGCACUCCCCAGAUUUCCCUGCCUUUCCAGGUCACCUGCAAUCAGGCUGAUGACAAAAAUGCUUCUCCAAGGCCACGUGCAGGGAGCAGCUGAACUCAGCUGUGCCACAUCCUUCUGGCUUCCUUUGCCUUCCUUCCCUGAGCCUGGUUUUCAUCUUUAUCUCUGUUAGGAGAUGAUGUGCAAGUUGCUGAUUAAUCCUUCCCUGUUACAAGCCAAAA